UCGGGACUGGCGGCGGGAGGCGAUGGGAACCGGUCCGAGGACUAGGUGUUCCACACAGAUUCUUGUGACUUUAAGGACCAGGCGAUUCAAGGUCUUCUGAGGAAGGGAGAAAAUCUUGAGAAGAGAGGGGAAAGACAGCAGUUGCAGCCCUGGGACCAGCCGAGCUUGAGGCGCUGAAGGAAGCUGACAGACCCCAGCAGGAGGAGUGAAAAGGAGCCCCAGCUCCAGUUCCAAAAGAUCUGAACUCACCAGAGAGGGCCCGCCUCGGGGGUCACUCCAGACUUGGGUUGGGCCUUUCUCUGGAUGCCCCUUGCUCUGAGAGCGUGCUGCUGAGAACCAAAGAAGAUAAGAGGCCAGACCCAUUUCUUCAGGCACAGUGCAGGGCAGCCCAGGCAGGUGUCUGCACCCUUCGUGGCAGGCGGCCGCGUCUGGUGAGGAGUUUCUUGUUUCCCUGCAGCUCAGGGUGGCAGUGCUUGAUGGGGCUGCCUGUUGGUGGAUCAGUUUUUGCAGUGCCUGGUAGGAGCAGAGAGCCGCGGGAAGAGGUCUCGCGGCGCCCAAGCCUGGGUUCGCCCCAAGACUAAGUUCUUUCCUGAGUUAGAGAGAGAAAGAGGGAAAAGAAAGUACUCCUCUCCCCUCCUCCCUGCUCGUCAUGUCCUCUAAGCCAGAGCCAAAGGACGUCCACCCGCUGAAUGGGACUGGCCCCUCUCCCUCUCCCUGCUCUUCAGACGGCCCUGGGCGAGAGCCUUUGGCUGGGACCUCAGAGUUCCUGGGGCCUGAUGGGGCUGGGGUGGAGGUGGUAGUAACUGAGUCUCGGGCCAACGCCAAGGGGGUCCGGGAGGAGGACGCCCUGCUGGAGAACGGGAGCCAGAGCAACGAAAGUGACGACGUCAGCACGGACCGCGGCCCUGCACCACCCUCGCCGCUCAAGGAGACCUCCUUUUCCAUCGGGCUGCAAGUGCUGUUCCCCUUCCUCCUGGCAGGCUUCGGGACUGUGGCUGCCGGCAUGGUGCUGGACAUCGUGCAGCACUGGGAGGUCUUCCAGAAGGUGACAGAGGUCUUCAUCCUGGUGCCGGCACUGCUGGGGCUCAAGGGGAACCUGGAAAUGACUCUGGCAUCGAGGCUGUCCACCGCUGCCAACAUCGGACAAAUGGAUACACCCAAGGAGCUCUGGCGGAUGAUCACUGGGAACAUGGCCCUCAUCCAGGUGCAGGCCACGGUCGUGGGCUUCCUGGCGUCCAUCGCCGCCGUCAUUUUUGGCUGGAUCCCUGAUGGCCACUUCAGUAUCCCACAUGCCUUCCUACUGUGUGCCAGCAGUGUGGCCACAGCCUUCAUUGCCUCCCUGGUGCUGGGCAUGAUCAUGAUUGGAGUCAUCAUUGGCUCCCGAAAGAUUGGGAUCAACCCAGACAAUGUGGCCACACCCAUCGCUGCCAGCCUGGGCGACCUCAUCACCUUGGCGCUGCUCUCGGGCAUCAGCUGGGGACUCUACUUGGAACUGAAUCACUGGCGAUACAUCUACCCCCUGGUGUGUGCCUUCUUUGUGGCCCUACUGCCUGUCUGGGUGGUGCUGGCACGACGAAGCCCAGCCACGAGGGAGGUGUUAUAUUCAGGCUGGGAGCCUGUCAUCAUUGCCAUGGCCAUCAGCAGCGUGGGAGGCCUCAUCUUAGACAAGACUGUCUCGGACCCCAACUUUGCAGGGAUGGCUGUCUUCACACCUGUGAUUAAUGGUGUUGGGGGAAAUCUGGUGGCGGUGCAGGCCAGCCGCAUCUCCACCUUCCUGCACAUGAAUGGGAUGCCCGGGGAGAACUCUGAGCAGACUCCUCGCCGCUGCCCCAGCCCUUGCACCACUUUCUUCAGUCCUGAUGUAAAUUCCCGCUCGGCCCGGGUCCUCUUCCUUCUCGUGGUCCCAGGACACCUGGUGUUCCUCUACACCAUCAGCUGCAUGCAGGGUGGGCAUACCACCCUCACCCUCAUCUUCAUCAUCUUCUACAUGACCGCUGCACUGCUCCAGGUGCUGAUCCUCCUGUACAUCGCAGACUGGAUGGUGCACUGGAUGUGGGGCCGAGGCCUGGACCCAGACAACUUCUCCAUCCCGUACUUGACUGCUCUGGGGGACCUGCUUGGCACUGGGCUCCUGGCACUCAGCUUCCAUGUCCUGUGGCUUAUUGGGGACCGAGACACAGAUGUCGGGGACUAACUUGGCCACUCCACCUUUUCCCCGUCCCUCUGCACUUUCUAUUUGAUUAUUUUCUUUUGUUCUCCUGUCCCUACCCCACCCCACACUCCCACAUCUUUCGAGGACUUCACUUUGAUACCAAAUUCUCAUUAUUUUCAAUGGGAAUUUUUAUACAUUGAGCCACGUUUGGAUAGCAAGAAUUCAGGAAGGACAGAUGGACUGACAUAAGCAGUACAAGUAGAUUUCUGAGACAAUCACCAAGUGCAAUUUCAUGGUGGGUGCCUCCCGACUGAGGUGGAUUGGGGCGGGGGGUUUCUGUCUGAGAUCUGGGGACAUUGGGUUUAGCUUUAGCAACCUCAGUCUUGGCCCUAACGAGAAAUCCUUUCUGAGUGGGCUGUGGUUAUUUGGUUUUGUUGUUUUCUUUGUUCUUUUUCGUUGAACAGAGGAAUAAGUAACACUUUCCCUCAACACACACACACACACA